AUGGGCAGAUUCGAGCUCUCUCACAGGUCAGUUGGGGAUGGGUUCUCAGAGUAUACAGGCGCGUGAUCCUGUAUAUAUUCUGCCGGCUCUGAUCGGAAUCUCAGCUCCUUCGGACAGAAGGAUUGACCCUCGUGUGCUCCGAUCUUCCAGGGUGGUUCUGCCGCUGUUGACGCGAGUGAGGGCUUUCGACAACAUCCCCCAGGAGCACGCCGCCCUUCAUUAUUCUCAGAGAACCAGCAAAGGAGGGCUUCUCAUUGCAGAGGCCGCUGUAAUCUCAGACACCGGUCGGGGGUGAGUUUAGCUUUUCAAGCAUCGAUGAUACACCGAGAUGCCACGAUCGUCUGGUUUAUUUGUCUCCACUGGUAUCAUGCAUGUACCCGCGCACGCCGGGCAUCUGUAGCAAGGAGCAAGUGUAGGCGUGGAAACCGAUCGUAAACGCCGUCCAUCAAAAGGAAGGGAUCUUCUUCUGUCAGGUAUGGCACGUGGGAAGGGCUUUCAAUUGCAGUAGGUGUUCUUGGCUCGGUGCUUUCGUCUCUCUUCAAUGAGGAAGACUCUCUCAGUUGCGAUGGAAAUUUUCUGGUUCGACUCCGCAGGUUUCCAGCCCAAUGGCCAGGCUCCGAUCUCUACCACUGACAAGCCUCUGGCACCAGAGCUUCGGAGCAAAUGCAUCGACACCUCACAGUUCUCAGCUCCAAGGCGUCUAGCGACAGAGGAGAUCCCUUCGAUCGUUGACGAUUUCAGGGCGCCCGCGAGGAACGCCAUUGAAGCUGGUGAGAGAAGAGAUCGUCUUCUUGCUGUCUUUCUCGAUUCCUUCACCAAAACUUCUACUAGGUGGAUGCAGGCUUUGAUGGCGCGGAGAUUCACGGCGCCCACGGCCACCUGAUCGACCAGUUCUUGAAGGCCCAGGUGAACGUUCGGACGGACGAAUGCGGGGGGAGCUUGGAGAACCGAUGCCGCUUCGCGCUGGAGGUCGUCGGCGCAGUCACCGGCGAAGUGGGAGCCGACAGGGUGGGAAACAGGCCUUCCCCUUUCGCUGACUACUGCGAGACUGGGGACUCGGACCCGGAAGCUCUAGCGCUGUUCAUGGCGGAAUCCCUGAACAGGUACGGGAUAGCGUACUGUCCUGUGGUGGAGUCGAGGAUGAAGAGGAUGGGGGAGAAGCAGGAGACCCACUGGAAUCUCCUCCCGAUGAGGAAGGCUUUCAGAGGGGCCUUCAUCGCCGCCAGAGGCUACGACAGUGAUGACAGCAACAGAGCCAUUGCGGCGGGCCUCGCGGAUCUGAUCGCCUACAGCCGCUUGUUCGUGGCCAACCCAGAUCUUCCCAGGAGGUUCGAGCUUAACGCGCCACUGAACAAGGACGACCGGGACACCUUCAACAUCCCCGAUCCCGUCGUCGGCUACACCGACUACCCAUUUCUGAGCCUCCAAAAUAGCUCGAUUUUCAUGCCAUUCCUUUGUUUUUUAAAAGCAUAA